AUGUUCAAACACUUAAACAUGGUAACCAGUGAAAAUGAUCUGAUAUCUGCAGUGCUCAGCAUUGCUUUUCAGAUUUACCUCACUUGUAGUCUUAUCACUUGGUUUUCUCUAAGAGAUGUCACUACCAGCGAAUGUCCUGGAUCCACAAAUAAUUUCAACGUCGCCAUUAUAAGUGCUUCCCAGCAAGAGCUCACGGCAGUCAAGGCUCUGUUCGAUGAAGAUUACGGCAUUGUCGGUGAUAUUUCGGGCGUCCACCCCUUGGACACAAACGCCUACGUAGCUGGGCGAAUUGGCAAUCACAAAGUGAUUCUUACGCAGAUCUCUAAGUACGGCAAGGUAUUUGCAGCGAAGACAUCCUUCUGGCUCUCGAUCAGUUUUCCGCAAAUCCGCAUUUGCCUUGUUGUUAGCACUGGCGCUGGAGUCCCGUGCACAAAGGACGGACAAGAGAUACGGCUCGGCGAUGUCCUGGUUAGCGAGGGAAUAAUUGAAUAUGAUUUGGGCAAGCUUCUACCUGGAGGCGUCUUCCUGCGCAAGACAGGUCCCCUGUACGAUUUCCCUCCGCCUACAGGGCACAUCGCGAGGCUCCUGAAUAGCGUUCGUCGGCGACAAGCUAGAGAUAUGUUGAAAGAACGGAUGUCGCAGCAUCUGAACUAUCUCCAAGCUACCAUCUCCGACCUGAAAGCGACUAAUUAUCCCAGCGGAGAGGGGAAUAAGCUCCUACCUCAACUGUCUUUACCCUGUUUUCCGGGGUCGAAUUCUUGUGUCUUCAAUUUGGAAGCCAGAAACAAGAACGCUUUGUUCGUGGCUAAAUGCGCCUCAUUAGACUCGGAGCCUCGGGUAGGAGCAUGGGCAUGGUUAGAUAUACCUGCGAUCGAAUACUUCAGACCAAACAUCCAUUUGGGAUGGCUUGCAUCUGGGGACAGGAUCAUGAGGUCCGCUGAGAGCCGUGAUCAGAUAGCUACUCAAGAAGGAGUCAUUGGAUUUGAAUGGGCCGGGGUCGGGGCAUGGAGGCAGCUUCCGACAGUGGUGAUCACAGGCGUCGGCAAUUACGGCGACGGUUAUGGGACGGAUCCAUGGCCUGCUUAUGCUUCUGCGAGUGCGGCAUCGUGCGCGAAGGCGAUGCUGGAAGUGUAUAACACCCUCUGA